CAAUGAAACAUUGGAUUUGGCAGUAAGACAGUAAAACAGUAAGUGCAUAAUUUAUUUAUGCAUGCUGAGAACUCACAACAUUGACAUACUCUGAUUGUAGGAAUAUCGUUGGAAUAAUGAAUUAGAAUUCAAUUUCCUUAUGUUUGCGAAAACAGGCCUGUAUAUUUAAAAAAAAAAGAAGCUUUUUAUAUACAGUGCAUGACCAUUUUUUCCCUUACAUACUGUAGGCAUCAUAAACAUAUCAGAUGGGUGAAAUUUGUGCUAUUUGCUAAUUCCUCAAGAACUGUAAAUCAGUUGACCUGCUGGUUGCUCCUCUGUGAUGACGUGUGUGUGUGUGUGUGUGAGAGAGAGAGCAGGAUUAGGUCUUAGAUGACAGGAUUAGAAUGUUCCACACCCUACUGAGGAUCCUCAAAUAGCUUGUGAGAGUGUCAGCAUCUCAUUUAUCUUGGUGUGGUUAGUCAUUUUCAACCGAUUUUCUGUGGUCCACCACACUGGCUGUCUUCCUGUAUGAUCUGAAAGAAGUUUAGUUGUCAUCUUACAGACAUGGCUGAUGUGUUGAGGAGUCUGAACCUGCUGGAAACACUAAAGGAGUCCAUCGAGAAGAACAACAUAUCGGAUAUAAAAGAUGCCAUGGAGGACAUGCUGAUCAGCAGAUUAAACAUUGCAAUCGCUGGGGACAGAAAUGCAGAAAAAGCCACUUUUAUCAACUCACUUCGAGGGCUGAGCCAAGAAGAUGAAGGCGCAGCCCGCUCUCCAUCAUCUGCCGCCCCAGCGGAACUAGCCGUAUUCCCGAACCCCAUACAUCCUGACUUUCGCCUCUGGGAUCUACCAUCCAUCUCUAGUGAUCCCACUUUUGAGGCCGAGGAUUAUAUAGAUCGUUUCAAAGUUAUGCGGUACAACGCCAUCAUUAUCACAUUCACAGAGAGUCCUAGUGUUAACAGUGUGGCAGUGUGGAGGGAAGUUAGGUCACUGCAGAAAGAGACAGUUUACUUUGUCUUAUUAGCAUCGGUGAAGGAUACCGAGAAAACGCUGGAGGUGAAGAAAGCGAAAAGUUUAGAAGUGCUCAAGGCAGAAGGUGUUCCUCUGCCCAAGGUGUUCCUGGUACAACCUACCGCUUUGGAGAAGCUGGACUUUCUAAAGUUUUUAGAGGUCAUGCGAGGUGACCUUCCAGAGAUUAGGGCGCAUGCUCUUCUUCUGGCACUUCCAACGUUUUCUAAUUCCUUGGUCACUCAGAAGAAAGAUGCCUUCAAGGCAUUGGUGUGGGCUGCUGCCUCAUUAUCCGGUGGCAUUUCUGCCAUUCCCGUACCUCUGGUGGCCUCCAUGGUGGACGCUACGGUGGCCGUACGGAUUUUGACGAAGGCUCAGAUCUCACUUUGCCUGGAUGACGAGUCUCUGCAGCGACUGGCGAGGCAGCGGGGUCUCGACCCAGCCAGGCUGAAGGCCCUGCGGACCUGCGCUCUCUCUGUGGAGGUCAGCAAGAGUGAAGUUAAAAGACGGCUUGCAGAGGCCGAGAAAGACACCAGUACUGCAACCACCAGACUUGUGGAGCUAGCCAUGCCGAGACAGGCCAGAUCCGUCAGCCGAUCUUUCACCGUUAUGCUGCAGGCGCUCAAUACUGCUAUUGAUGAUAUGGGUGCUGAUGCUGAGAAGGUGGUUACUAUGGUAACAGGAGAGGGACAGUAGAUUGAGCAGUACACAAAAUUACAACAUGCACUUUUCAAUCGACUUGGAUUGAUACCUAAAUGGACUAUAGCAUUUCCUUAAACCAAUAAGCAAUAUAUUAAUUAAAGGAUUAGUUCACUUUCGAAUGAAAAUUAGCCCAAGCUUUACUCACCCUCAAGCCAUCCUAGGUGUAUUUGACUUACUUCUUUCUGAUGAACACAAUCUGAGAAAUAUUAAUAAAUAUCCUGACGCAUCUGAGCUUUAUAAUGGCAGUGAGUGGGAUCAACAAGAUCAACAAGAUUUUUUUUACACAAAUGCAUCAUUCGCUUCAGAAGGCCUUAAAGGGUUAGUUCACCCAAAAAUGAAAAUAUUUUUUUACUCACCCUCAUGCCGUUCCACACCCGUAAGACCUUCGUUAAUCUUCGGAACGCCAAUUAAGAUAUUUUGUUGAAAUCCGAUGGCUCAGUGAGGCCUCCAUAGCCAGCAAUGACAUUUCUUCUCUCAA